AUCAGUAAGACAUUUUCCCGUUCUCCCUUCUCUACACUUUCGUUCUCCUUUCUCUACACUCUCGUUCUCCCUUCCUCUCUACGCUGAUCAUAGGGCUCAUUGAGCUGGUUUCGGGCUCCUUUUCCCCCUUGAUUUCUUCUCCUUUUUAUAAAAUGAUUUGGGGCUUUUCAUCACUGUGUGCUGUUUUUGCCUGGGAUCUCUUGCUUGGGUUUCUGCUAGUUUGGGUUCUCUCUUUUGCUCAGGCUUUCUACAAAUUCUGCUCUUCCUUUCUUGCCCAGGUCGGGUUUUUGUUACCGUUUUGUAGCCUAUGCUGUUUGGCUUGUCUUGGGUAGACUUUCUUCGCAGACUUUUUUUAGAAAGCUUCAAAUCUUGAGCUACUGUCUCUUUCUGUCAUUGAUUGUCUGCAGGGAAAGAAAAAGUCAAGAAUGGGUAAGGGCAACAAAGAAGGGACCUCUAAGCAAUUCAGGUGGACAAAACCGAUAGAACAUGUUUUUCUUGAAAUUGUAGCAGAGGAGGCUCAGAAAGGAAAUAAGUCUUCUAAUACUUUCAAAGCAGAUUCUAUUAAUUGAGUUGUCGAAGCUAUUUCUGAAAGAUUCCAAGUCCAAUUCGAUGCGAAGCAUGUGGAAAAUCAUUUUAGGACUGUAAAAAUCAGUGGCAGAUUAUAAGCAAAAUUCGAGGUGAAAGUGGUUUUGGAUGGGAUGAUAACAUGAAAAUGAUCACAUGUGAUAGAGCGACAUAUGAUGCAGUAGUGAUGGCACACAAGAAGUAUGAACCAUUUUUGAAUAAAAGCAUUGAUCAUUAUGAUGAAAUGACUUUGGUUGUUGGCAAAGAUAUGACAACAGGGAGUUUUGCCAGAACAUUCGCUGACAUAGAUUUGGAUGAUGGUAACCAAGAUUCAGUGCCUGUAGACUGCGACAAUGAAGAGGCUGAAGAGGUAAGAACAAAUGUAUCUUCAUCUGGCACAUCCAAACGUAAAAGAAAAAAUGUUCAAGAAAGUGUUGUUGAUGAACAAAUUAAAUUUGUGGCUGAACAACUUGGCAAAAUUGCUAAUGCUUUGGAACAAUUUACUGCGGAUAAGAUACCACAGUUUUAAGAACAAGUGCUGUCGAUGGAGGAAGAAGGAUUUGAUGAUAACUUCUUGUGUUCUGUGUUUGAUUAUCUAGUGAGUCAUGAAUCCGAGGCCAAAGCUUUUUUAGUUAAAAGUAAGAAGCAUAAAAAAAUUUGGCUUCAAAAAUUUUCUCAAGGUUGAAGAUAUUGAUAGUUUUAUGUGGUGUAAUAUUAGUUAUGCACUUGGACAAUGUUGUUGUUAUUAUGUGGUGUACUACUAAUUAUGCAUUUGGAUAAUAUUAUUAAUUUCUAGUAUUAAUUGUGGUUUGGAAGCUAAUUUAUAAUU